UUACGCACGCAGCCGUGGCGUGCCUCCGAGCCAAAUAACAUGGAGUCCUCCGCCUGGCAUCUCCGAAGGAGCCAUGCAGGAACCCGGAUCGGCAUUUAGCAGAGCCCCUCUUCGUCCCUUCGGCAGAGGGCAGGCACGGGCUCUCUAUCCACGGCUCUGGGGUAUCGCUUCGGCUCUGUCUUCAACCACGAUGAACGCAGUUUAAAACAACGUCUCCAAAAAGUGCUAUCCGCAACGCAGGCCAAUUCCAAAGGACCCAAGAUUGCACCAUGUAGGUAGACUCCUUGACGGUGGGUUGCCAUACUGCUCUCUGGGGGGGACCAUGGAGCCCGAAGCCGGAGCCCUCACCCCAGGGACCAGCUAUGGGCCCCUAGAUUUACACGCACAAAGCCCUCCACCAACCUCCUCCACCUUCGACUCUACUCUACAGCUCUCAUGUUCUCCAAAUAAACAAGAUGGUCUGACUUCUGCCAAAUGUGAGCUGACAGAGGGGGCAGAGCCAGGAGGAGGUGCAGAGCGGAGAGCGCGGCCCUCGGUCUUCCACUCCUCGCUGAGCUGGGACUCCGACUCAGAGAAGGAGACGCUGGAUGAGGAGGAGCUGACCCACCUGUCGAACCCUCACGGUCUGGCCGCUCACAGCCCUGGGUCACCCUCCACAGAACUCAGGCUUGAAUGUGAAAACAGCCAAGAAAGCGAGCAAGUGUGGCCUGUGUCCAACCAAGCAGAGGAACCGGCGGAGAGCACAAGGAGCAUAAACACUCAAGAGCCAAAAGCUCAGCUCAGUGCAAACCAAUUGCCUGACAGCGCACUCUGGAAUGUAAGCGAGCCAUCCGAACCGUUUGUCUCUAAAUCCCCACCAAAGGAAGGCUGCCAAUUGGUGCAGGAGGUUCACAAGACAGAGGGCUCCCAAACGCACAUGGGAAAAGAAUUCAAGGAACGGGAGAGAGACGUGUACACCUUCCCCGGAGACUCUGAUCCUGACAGCCCUCCUCCUGCUCCCUGGGCCCGUUGCACGUUCAUUCAGCGCUGCAGGAAGAAGAGAGUGCUGCUCAGACCAUUCUCUGGCGUCAGCCCUGAUCUGGGAAAAAACUCAAAAGACAGCAAGGUGGAAAAGAUGUACGAUUUUGACGAAGACGAAUUAUUGGAGGAACCUAAAGAACAAGUGGAGGAAAGCGCCUCAGAGGUGGACAACAAAAUUUUUACUUGUGUGGAAUGUAGCAUUUACUUCAAGAAGCAGAUCCACCUACAAGAACACAUGGUUGAGCACUCCCAGUGUAUUUCAGAAGGCAGUGACAAGGAUAGGAUUGGUGAAAGUAGUGAGUUUAAGUGUACAGAAUGUGGCUGGAACUUAUCAAAUGAAACCGAAUUAGAGGCCCAUCAAAAGCUGCACCAGGAAUCACGUGACAAAAUCUUAACGGAGAUUGAGAAAUUGAAUGUUGACAAUUUUAAAAAACAAGACAGCGAGGAGGCCUUAACGGUUCAUUCGCCAUUAAGAAUCCCCAAUACAGGUUGUGCCAUUGUGGAUUUAGAUGCUCCAGAUAUCAGGACCCCAGUCCAAGGGAGAGGUCAAACAGGAUACCGGCGACGAUUUAUCUGUCCUGUAUGUAAUUUCAGCACAAGAACGCCACAAGCACUGGCGAAUCACAAAAAGACCCACAACCGAAAACCUUCUUCCACUCAAAUUGCUUGUUUGUACUGUGCCUUCCGAACCUCGAGUAAAAAGGUUUUAAGGGAUCACCUGAAACUCACACACCAAGGGCAAGGAGAGAAGGGGCAGAGUUCAAAACAUAUUUUAAAUUCUGAAAUCUCCAUAACUAGUAAAUUCCCCAGAGGAGUUUGUCCUUUGGAGGACUGCACAAUACCAGAUGGAAUAAGUGGGAAUAUGGGACAAAAUAGGAGAGAGAAUACUUGGACUAAAGUGGUCAGGCUUAAUCCCAGAUUGGAGUACGAUAAACUGUCUGAUAGUGAGGAUCAGGUGCAAGUUCAUACAGCAGAGAGUAUUAGUCAACAAGAGGAUAAAUCCACUCAGCGCACAAGAUCUCUGUCCAACACAGAUGACCCUGUAGCACAGUGCAGCAGCCCACAGGCACCUCCUCUGAGAAGAAGUAUGAGGCGUGAGACAAAACAGGAGGGACAGCAGGACAGAAAGGUGUUCUACCUGAGGCGGAGCAGUCGAGUCAGUGCUGCCCCAGUGCUAGUGCCCAGUGAUGAUGAGGAGGGUGAUGAAGAGGGUGCACGACAGCUGCUGUCAAAUGUCCUCCUGGAUGAAGACACAGAGGAGAUUGAUGAGGACACAGAGGAGCUAAAAAGCAUAGAGAGGAAGUGCCCUUACUGCCCCGAUCGAUUUCAUAAUGGCAUCGGGCUGGCCAAUCACGUGAGGGGGCACUUGAACCGAGUGGGUGUUAGCUAUAAUGUGCGCCAUUUCAUCUCUCCCGAAGAGGUCAACGCUAUAGAGAGGAGGUUCUCCUAUCAGAAGAAGAAGAAGAAAGUUGCCAACUUUGACCCGGGCACCUUCAGUGUGAUGCACUGUGAGUUCUGUAAUGCUGGCUUUGACACGCGGGCAGGCCUGUCCAGUCAUGCACGUGCCCACCUCAGAGACCUGGGCAUCACCAACUGGGACAUCACCAUCUCCCCUAUCCACGUGCUGAGAGAGGUGUUCUCCAGCCGGCCUGACCUGGACAUCCCCACUGCCCCCCCACGCAGCCUGUGUGAUGAGGAAGAGGAGGAGGACAGUGAUGAAGAUGAUAUUAUUGAGGUGAAACUGGAGGAAGAGUCAAGGUCUGACAUAUCAGAAUCAGCUGUACCCUGGAAAUAUGAGGACCAGAUAAAAGAAUGUAAAGAUGAGGAGGACGAAGUGGCUGUUGAAGAAUGCGAUGCGCUGCAGCUGGCCGCUCUGAGCCUGGUCCGGGAGUCAGACAGGUCGUCCCAGGAGGAUGCCCGCACCAAGGAUGAUUAUUUGAAGUGUGAAGUAUGUGGGGCCCAGUUUGAGACUAGACGAGGCCUCUCCAGCCACGCCCGCUCCCACUUACGCCAGCUUGGCAUCCGAGCCUCUGAGAGCAGCGGGGCACCCAUCCACUUCCUGUACCAAAUCGCCAAGGAGCGCAAACUAGACGGCCAAAUUUGUUGUCUUCAAGAGCCUACUCCAACCAAGAAGUGUUCUCCCUCCACUCCAUGUAAUCCAAGUGACGAAGUGAUAGAAGUCAUGGAUGUGGAGAAGACACCUGUCCCUCCCUCCCUCCUUGCCAAAGCAGCCAAAGCAGUGCCCCCUUCCACCUCCUGCUCCACCCCCUCCCCUGGUGCCUCUCCUCUCCUGGCACCCUCUCCCUCUUCAGUGGUGAGGAAAGCCCCCAUCUCUUCCCUGCUGCCAGUGUCUUCCCCUUUGCGCUCUCUGGAGCACAAAGCCGGGGGAAUGAAGAGCCUGACCUCCAGCCUGGCCACACCCCCGACUAGCAAACCCCUGUGGGCCCCACAGGACAACGAUGCUCCACUCAACCUAACUCUAGAAGCCGAUCCCCACAAAGACAUAGUGUGCCAGCUGUGUGGAGCUUGGUUCGAAACAAGAAAAGGCUUGUCCAGUCAUGCCCGGGCCCACCUGCGGCAUUUUGGAGUGGAGUACUCCGAAUCUAAGGGCUCACCUAUAGACCUUCUCACGCAGCUUAUAGAGAGUGAUGAGUUCAAGCACAAGGCCAGAGAACUGCAGCUGGACUGUCCUGUGGAGAGACAGGGACUCAGCAGUACACUCUCUUCCCCAAAGUCUCCCCUGUUCUCCCUCCCCACGUCUUCUUCCCCUCUGCUGUACAAGGUGACCACCUCCAAAACUACCUCUGCCUCUCCAUUACUCGGCCCGCCCGCCAAGCGUCUCAAGCCCUCCUCCAUGCAGAUCUUCCGCCUGAACAGUGGGGAAUUUAUGACCCUUCCUCUCAGUGAACCUCUGAAGGAGAUAGGCUGUGAGUUUUGCGGAGAAUAUUUUGAGAACCGUAAAGGCCUAUCCAGUCAUGCCCGCUCCCAUCUGAGACAGAUGGGCAUCACACAGUGGUCUGUCAACGGCUCACCCAUUGACACUUUGAGGGAGCUUAUUGCCAGGCGGGGUCUUCCCUCUGCCUUGCCUCUAAAACCUCUGAGGACCCCGGCUCCACCCUCUCCAGCCCCUCCUCGCUCCCCUCUGUCCAGCUCCUCCUCUCCUCCCAGUGCCCUCCUCAACCGCCUGCCCUUUGCUCGCCACCACAGUCCGCCUCACAUGGCGUCCAAGUUGAACUCCGCUCCUCCUCAGUCCUCUGUGAGUGGACUCCUGAAGCCCAAAGCAGAGCCAGUGCAGCUGGAUGUGACUAGUCCUGGGACAGUGGCUCGGUCUGUGGGAUACUCCCCUGGAGGUCUCAGCCCCACUUUGACCAGCUCUAACAGUGUGCAUCCACUCAACUUGGCAAUGUCUCAUGAUGUGGAGCCACCUCGGGACAUCCGCUGUGAGUUCUGUGGGGAAUACUUUGAGAACCGUAAAGGACUGUCCAGUCACGCCCGCUCCCACCUGAGACAGAUGGGCAUCACACAGUGGUCUGUCAAUGGGUCACCCAUUGACACUUUAAGGGAGGUGAUGCGGAAAAGAGGGGUAACUUCUGCAUCAUCUUUAGAGCCUGAGAUCAAGAAAGAGUCAGGUGCAGAGGCGAGCAGUCCUUCAUUGGAGUGUCUAAGGGGUAUUGUCGGUGUGUCCACUUACCAGUCCUCCAGUUUGCACAAGUCUCCCCUGACUCUGCUCCAGUCAGGGCUCAGAGUUCCCAAAUCAGGGCUCAGCUCUCUGGGCACAUCUGUUGUCCCGUCGGGAGGCAGGCUUUUGGGACUGUCCCCUCUGGGUAAACGUCCACUGUCAGAAGAUGGACUGUCAGCGGACACAGCCCACUCACCACUGGGUCAUUUCAAGACUUAUUCACCUCUGCCACAUGACCUAUCUUUCAAGAGCAAGUCCCCUCCAGUCAAGCACAGGCCUGAUCCCAGCUGUGAGCUGUGUGGUUUCUACUUUGAAAACCGUAAGGCUUUGGCCAGUCACGCCCGGGCUCAUCUUAGACAGUUUGGGGUGACUGAGUGGUCGGUGAAUGGAUCCCCGAUUGAGACACUCAGUGCCUGGAUCCGCAGCAGGCCUCAGAAGGUGCUGGACAUGCACCGCAGCUACAUGCAAGGCAACUGCACCCUCAAGAAGAAGUGCAGGUCGCCUGUCUCUGUGUCAGCGGAUUCUCCUCACGUCCUCCCUGCUUCAUCACCAAAAGCAUCAGCCUCCUCGUCCUCCUCUUCCUUGGCCUGUGGUCAGUGGUCUUCAUCUUUGUCAGUCAGCCUGGUUCCAACCUUCAACCGCGAGGUCGCCCACUGCCCCUCCAAGAACUCUGAGGAUGAAUCCAGCACCAGCCUGGACACCACACCCCCAAAACCUAUGGACAGUAGCCCGAGUCCCUCACGGCCCUCUGGCAGCCUCCCCCUCCAAGCACAGGUGGCUCGCAGUGAGCUCAACGUCCGCUUGCCCAGAGGAUUUGAUCGACGUCCCCUAAAGCACCCCUCCUGCCCUGAAGGAGCAGAGCAGGACAGCAGCUCUCCCCGGCUCCUUCGCACAGGCACAGGCACCAUCCCUGCUUUGGUGCCCAAGCCCCCUUCUUACCCACUCGUCAAACUGGAGGGUAAUUUCUACACCCUCAAGUGCCGGUUCUGUGAAGUGGAGUUCCACGGGCCUCUGUCAGUGCAGGAGGACUGGAUCCGUCACCUCCAGCAGCACAUUUUUAAGAUGAAUUACAAGACCCCCCCUACCCCCCGAGCUCCUUCAAGCACCCACACAGACACCUCUGUCUCAGCCCCUGUUUCAAUACCUGUCUCUGUCCCUGUCUCAGCACCUAUCUCAACACCUGUCUCUGCCCCUGUCUCGGCACCUAUCCACACCUUUGCCUCUACCUCCAGCACCCGCACCACUGCACCCGCCCUGACCUCCACCCACAACCCCACACUCCCAGCAAAGUGCACUCCCAACACUGCCACUGAGCUUGACCAUAUCUCCACAGACCAGUCCACGGUCGAGCCAACUCCAGUGUAACUCAUCUUCCAAUAGCAGCACACCUUACUUCCUUACUUCUUCCCUAGUUUUGCCUUUGAUUGGUCGGUCAUUCUUCUGUGUCAGCCAAGUGUUUUUGAGGAGAAGAGUUUCCCCACCGAAGAGCCCUCUGAGCCUCAAGCACCUUUGAAGCAGCUUACUAGACUGUUACUUGGUCUUGUUACCAUGGGAACACAGCCCCAUGGCUUAUCCAUGCACCAAUGGAUGGGUAUUGUGAAAACUUCCAAGGUUAUGGGAAACAAAACAAUGUUUGUUUUUGUCAUGUUCAUUUUUAAUGUCUGUUUAUUUUAAACCUUCUUUUCUUUUAUUGAUUCAAUUUGGAGCAUUCUUACCUCCAUACUUUUGUCGUUCACUUGUGCAGCCUCAUUUUUGCUCCCCUGUUCUUGUUAUGAACCCAUGAGAUUUGACUAGCUGUAGCACUGGUCUAAGCCUUGAAAAGUUCUGACUAAGAUUUGAAAAUUGUAAUCCUGCUACUAGUCUUGUGCUUUAGACUUUAAACUGGUGGAAUAUGUGGUGGAUAAAAAUAGCACUUUUAAUGUGACACUGAGCACUUACAGAGCACUUGUUUUGGGCUCUGGCUACACAGACAGUGUUUAAAACCUGUAUGGAGCUAGUUUUAGUUAAUCCAGGUGAUGUGUUCAUACAUGCAUGUGGAGGAGUUGAACAAUUCAUGUCAUGUCAGACUAUACACAUUAUGGCUUACCUUUGUGGUGCACCUGUAACUAGAAUUAAUACUAAUUUAGCAGCUGUUUUAACUAUAGUCAUUGUUGAAAUUCAUAGAGAGAAAAAUGUAUGAAAUUGGAUGAAAAAUACACUCAAAAUUUUGUGUGGAGCAGGAACACUAAUGCAUAGGAAAAUAUCAUUAAGAUUUUUAUGUGUAGCCUGGCCCUAAAAGAAUGGAGCAAGAGGAGAAAGCACAUCCAAAAAGGGAUUCUCCCUUUAUCAACUCUAAAUAAUGUCCACAAAUCUAUUCUUAUUUCUUGAAUGUAACUAAAGCACCUAUUGAAACCUUAUGCACACUACUCUUUGUGCUCUUACUGAUUGAUUUAUGGUGGUCUUUGACAAGGCUUCUGGCUCUCCUUAUUAUGUGAGAACUGGGGCCAGUGAGAAUCAUCAACAUGUUUUACCCAUUUUACUGUCUUUUUUCAACAAGAUUCAAAUUAUUUAUUUUUUACUCAUAUGAAUGUUGUCUCGAAUGAAUUUUAAUGUUUCAAACUGUCUGUAUGCCACUAAACAUAACCCAUUUCCCACUGUUAAGUCAAAGAUGGCGUUUAAACAACCGGCUUGCUGAACUCCUUUCUGUAUUAUCAGAACUUGCAUCCGUCGUAGAGUUAGGAUGUGCCAAAGAAGUCUGUUUACUCCCUCGUUUUUGCCUCUGUACUUGCUGUUUACAAUGGACCUAGCAAAGUGGAGAUUUGCUUUCCACUCUGGAUGAGAUAAGACUGCUGGACUUCGUGAUACUAAUCUCCAGGUUUUUUUUUCCCAGUGAACCUGACUUCAAGGUCUCGUAUAUACCCAGCCAUGUGAACUUAUACCAGGCAUGGGGGCCGGGUGAGUCUCUGGAGCCCACCUUCUUUCCAAUCUGUUUUCUUGUACAUGGCUUCAGGCGCUUCGUAUCAACCUCAACUGACUGAAGCAAUAGCUCAACAGGUCCUUUACAUCCAGUGUUUCCAAACAUGACUGUUUAGCCCUAAUCCUUUUAUGGAGUAUAUACUAUAUAACUACAUGUACCUAAGCAACUGCUGAUGCUAGUAGGCAUCAACAGUUCUAUUAGCAAAGGUAGUUCAAAUAAGUGAUCUUAAUUCAUAUAUUGUGAUUUAUGUAUUUUCUAUUGCUCCGUGCAUUUCAGUAAUCCUGCAAGGUAGACUAUUUUUUAAUUUCGAUCCAUUAGAUCUCCAAACUGAAUUGGUGCUGGUGAGCGAUUGAAUCGGUAAGAAGCAUUUUAUUGUGAUUGUCACGUCCUGUUAUCAAAGGACUCUUAAUAACUUGGCCUUAGGAGGGGACUUAACUUCAUAUAAUGAUUGUCUGUCCCCUCUACUUAAACAAACAGAGCCCAUUGCAGGUCUGUGGCUGCUCAGAGGCCAAUGCAUUAGAGAUCCCUGUUCAAAAGCCUCAGCUGGUUAAACUGGCUUAUGUACGCAUGUGUGAGUGUCUGUGAUUAGACAACAGAGAAUGAGAAAUAGAAGCAAACGAAGGACUGCACUCAGAAGGGUGAAUCAACUCCAGAACAAAAAAUAAAUAAAUGU